GUGAACUCGUUCAGAUAUCCUCAGUGGGAGCUGUCGGGACCGACCCGUUUCACCGUUUUCUGUCCGCUGAUCCGCUCCGAUUCACCGCCGAGCCAGCCGCCGCCAUGCCGGGGAUAGAGAAGCUGCCGAUCGAGGAGACGCUGGAGGACAGCCCGCAGACUCGCUCUCUGCUGGGAGUGUUUGAGGAGGACACUGCAGCCAUGUCCAACUACUGCACACAGCUCUACCAGGCCAUGCAGAGGAUUUAUGAUGCACAGAAUGAACUGAGUGCUGCGACUCACCUGACCUCCAGACUGCUGAAGGAGUACGACAAACAGCGUUUCCCUCUAGGGGGCGACGACGAGGUGAUGAGCUCCACCCUGCAGCAGUUCGCUAAAGUCAUCGACGAGCUGAGUUCCUGUCACGCCGUCUUGUCCACGCAGCUGGCAGACGCCAUGAUGUUUCCCAUCACGCAGUUCAAAGAGAGAGACCUGAAGGAGAUCCUCACGUUGAAAGAAGUCUUCCAGAUAUCCAGUGAUGAUCACGACGUCGCCAUCAACAGAUUCAGCCGCCUGUCCAAACGGAGAGACAACGACAAGCUGCGUGCGGAGGCGGUGGAGGACGUCUACACCUCCCGUAAGAAGCAGCACCAGACCAUGAUGCACUACUUCUGCUCCCUGAACACGCUGCAGUACAAGAAGAAGACGGCGCUGCUGGAGCCGCUGCUGGGAUACAUGCAGGCUCAGAUCAGUUUCUUUAAGCUGGGCUCAGAGAACCUGACCCAGCAGUGGGAGGACUUCCUGGGAACCAUCGGAACCAGCGUCCAGAAUGUGCGUCGGGAGAUGGAGGAGGAGGUGGGCCAGAUGCAGCUGACCAUCCAGGAGAUGGAGCGGUCAUGUGACCCGCUCUACGCACCAUGUGACCCCGACCCCGCCCACUCACCUGUCUGCCGCAACCUGACCAGGAAACAGGGCUACCUGCACAUCCGCAAUAAGACGGGGCUGGUGUCGUCGUCCUGGGAGCGUCAGUACUUCUUCACUCAGGGCGGGAAUCUGAUGCAGCAGGCGCGCGGCGAGGUGGCGGGCGGGCUGGUCACCGACCUGGACAACUGCUCCGUCAUGGCGGUGGACAGCGACGACCGCCGCUUCUGCUUCCAGGUCACGUCCUUCGAUGGCAAGAAAGUGGUGACGCUGCAGGCGGAGAGCAGGAGAGACUGCGAGGAGUGGAUCUCCACCAUCAACAACAUCUCCAAAAGGAUCUACCUGAGUGAGAACGCAGAGGAGCUGGCGGCCAGAGUGAACCAAUCAGCUCUGGAGGCCGUGACGCCGUCGCCGUCCUUCCAGCAGAGACACGAGAGCAUGAGACCCAGCAGUAAAGGGCGUGUGGGGCGAGCGAGCAGCAUCAGCUCGGUGGGCUCCGAGCCGUCGCCCGCCCUCUCCGUGCUCUCAUUGGACGCCCUGGUUGCCCCGGAAACACCCAUCCAGUUCGACAUCAUCUCCCCCGUCAGCGAGGAGAACUCAGGGCAGAGCAAGACGGCCUCACAGACCGGCAGAAGGAGUAAUCCGUUCGGAGAGUCAGGAGACGGCACAUCAGAGGACAGUGAAGACUCGAUCCUCCACCAGCUCUUCAUCGUGCGGUUCCUGGGCUCCAUGGAGGUGAGGAGUGCUGAGUCGGCAGACGUCAUCUCUGAGACCAUGAGGCAGAUCCUGGCAGCCCGAGCCAUCCACAACAUCUUCAGGAUGACCGAGUCUCACCUGCUGGUCACCUGCGACUGCCUCAAGCUCAUCGAUCCUCAGACACAAGUGACUCGACUCAGGUUCCCUCUCUCCAGCGUUCUCCAGUGUUCCUCCCAUCAGGACAACAAGAGGCUGUUUGGUUUCGUCUUGUCGUCUCCAGCAGGCGGGAGGAGUGAGAGUCGAUCCGUCUGCUACAUCUUUGAGUCCAACAACGAUGGAGAGAAGAUCUGUGACAGCAUCGGUCUCGCCAAGCAGAUCGCCUUCCACUCUGAGAUGGACCGCAAGGCCGUGGAGAAGAGGAAGGAGCACGACAAGGCUAAAGAGAAACAGCAGGAGGAGCUCAGCAAGCAGAGACAGAUAGAGAAGGAUUUGGAGGAGCAGAGCCGUUUGAUCGCCGCCUCGAGUCGCCCCCCUAACCCGCCUGCUGCUGACGGACAGUUCCUGGUGCUUAGCAACAGCCAAUCAGAGGACAGCGACGCCGGGGAGGAGGGGAAGAAGAAGGGCGAGUCUGAAGCCUAACGAAGCUGACGGAGGAGUUCCACCGCCCGGCUGGUACUGUCGCAGCAGCAGCAGCAGCUCAGGGAGCAGAGCAGGAGGGACUCCUCCCGCCCGGGCUGCCUGGGGAGGAAAACCAUGCGCUCCCUCCCUGCCGGAGCCGAGAGGAGAAACUAAACGCUCCUCGCUAUACGAGGAGGAGCGGAAACGUCUCGUCACGGACUCGCUCAGCUGGUUUUAUUCUGUGUAAAAAAAACAAAAACGCUGCUUUUUAUACCGGCUCCACUCUCCAGAAAAGGAUGCAAAUAUAGAUUUAAGCUGCAAGUUUCUGUUUUUUUAUGUUUAUAUUGUAGAACGAGAUAAUGAUUUAAAGCAGAACAAGGAUCUGAAGGAGACAAAGUCACGUUUUCCUCAGUGUUGUCGGUUAAAAAAGUGCAAAAUAGAAAAAGAGGAGACGGGGAGCACGGAGUCUUAUUUUGAAGGGUCCUUCCUGUUGCAGAUGGAUUUUUUUUUAACCUUUUUCAUGGCCGAGUCAUCACAGCAGAGCUUCAACGAUUAGUCCAUAAACCAAAUAGUCGUUCAUGGGAAAGUUAAUUUGCAACUAUGUUAAUAAUUUCUCAUUUAAAGGGAUACUUCAACCAUCUUUGUGUCACACAAACUCAAGCAGAGUCUCUGAAAGCUGAUUUUUUAAAUAAUAGUUUAUAAAGAUGAAGUGGAGGCAGCAGCUGCAUGGAGGUGAAGAAGGUUUAGUCGUCUCGUCAGCAUGGAUUUCUUUAUUUGCAGGUCAAAACAUUUUCUAUAUAUUUGUGGUAAAAUCACGUUGUUUUCAGAACGUCCAAAUAGUUUCUCUUCACCCACAUUUACAUUCUUAAAACAGUAACAUGACUAUAAAGAUGAUAUAAAUACAGAAAUGUGUUGGAGAAAUGAACUAACAAGGAGGAAUCUCAGCAGAAUAAAUGUUGGUAUUUUGCUGUUCUGCAAACCACAGAAACGUUGAAACUUUACAUCCAUUUACAAUAUGAACGUUACUAAACUGCUGCAAUUCGUUCAGGAUUUAUUGACUUUAUUUCAUGGCUCACUUGGCUGCUUGUCAUCCGCCAUUUUCUCAAAAUUUCCGUCUGUCUUCAGCUGCUCUGACGGUCCCUGUUUUUAACACUGUUUGGUUAAAGUUAGACACCAAAACCACAUGGUUAAGGUUAGGGUAAAAAAAUAAAUCUUCCAGAUAAAAGACUUCCAACAGCAGGACGCCCACACCUCCGUUAUAGAACAUUAGUUCAUGGAUUUUUACAUCACGUAGCUUCAUUAC